AACUGGUGUAUUUCUACGUCUUUUCAUCAUUAGUACUAUCUAGUGUGGUCUUUUUGUUAUUGUUAGAUACAUUUUAUUUUUAACGUGGUUUGGUUUAUCACGUAUUCGUACUUUCUGCAUAAAUGUGACUUUUGUAUGAGAAAGUGUUGUUUGAACUAUUUUUUGUCAUUUCUACGUACAUAUGUGACGAUCAUUAAUGUUAACAACAUUUUCAAGUGAAGUAUUGUGAACGAUUUCAAGUAUUCCUGGCUGUUGAAUAAUUGGUCCGAAUUACAGUUGAGCAGGAAGAAGAACACAAUAAUGGAUGAAAUGGAAUGUGACACGAAUGAUGCUACUCAACCUGCUCUGAUAACCCUACAAGAAUCAUCAGCGAUUACCAUUGCUCGGGAUAUGUGGCGCUACGAAAUGAAUUAUUAUCGUACGAAUGACGAAUUGGAAAAAUUCAAUCCUGAGAAGCUACGCAUUUCAUUAAAAACAACUGUUCCUGAUUUACCAACAGUGAUUCAGAACACGAUUGAAAAAUACUUUUCAAUAUUUAGACAUUCGAUGGAGAACUGGCUCAAGGAGCAUUACAAAAGAGUAUUAUUUUUUAAUUACGGUCAUCAAAACUAUAUUUUGGAAGAGUUCGAUGAUUUUGUGUACGAUUACGACAAUUGCACUGUUGAUUACCUCAAGACUGCCGAACGUAUGAUGCGCUGUGAUAGAUUGAGUGAUACUAAGAAAUUCAAAGUCGCUUGCACGUAUUUCUUCGAAGACGAUAUCAGACGAAUUUGGCCAUCUGUACGCAAAGAGGUAGGCCUGAGUAAUAUUAAUUUUCACGACUGUCCUCAAUUAUAUUACUGGAUUUGCUGUUUGAGGAAUGAGCUGAAUAAGAUACCUACCUCACAGAACGAAACUCUCUUUGAUAAAAUGCUAGACAAUUGCAUGCCUCGCAAUGGACCAUCGGUAGAAUAUUUUUGGAACCGUAUACCUUACCAGCAACAAGUUCAAAAAGCGAGGCAAAAUUUUUGGUAUGACAAAGAAUUGGUAAGAUUAAUUUUACCAUUAUUCGAUGACUACCAGCUUGGUGAAUUUGUCAAUAAUCACGGUUGUAAUCUGAUGAGUAAUCUAUUAUUAAAACGUCCUUAUAAUGAAACGUUGGUACUUGAAACCUGGAUGCGAAUGAGAAACGUAAUGAAUGAAGUUGAUUUUUUUAAACUAAUCUUGAAUAUAUUUCAACGUGGACCGAGCACUCUCUACGUAACGAUCGAGAAUCCCGAUGAUAAGAAUUCGUCAUUAUUAUGCGAUGAAAUUUGGCACAGUGCCCCACAUGAUUUGAGACGAUCGGUAAUUAAGCGCAUAUCAUCCAAGUUUGAUCUGCAUUCCGAGGGCAUAAGUAUUAGUUAUCGCGAUCAUUCUGCAGAUUUACUCUAUACCAUUCUUACGUAUGCAACUUUGGAGGAGAGGUACUCAUUUUGGCAUAACGGUUGGCGUAAUUUUCUCUUCUAUACAAGCUUCUCCGAUGUGCAGCGAAUAAUGGAUAUGUGUUUCGAAAACAACGAUGCAAUGAUCCAGUAUAAACAGAACGUCAUGUUAACCAGCGAUCGUCUGCAGUCUCACUGCAAACAGUUAAUACAUGGGCUCGAUUUUAAACAAUUGCAUGUUUUGGUAGAUUUUUGUUGUCCUAGCAAAGAUACAGCGAAACUUUUCAAACAGCAAUUGCUGCAGUUGAGUUUUCUCGGUGAGAAGCCUGUUUUGUCGGAAGAUCAUUUUAGCGAAGCAGCAGAAUUUAAUGAGUUUAUCAACGAAGCCUAUGAUAAUGCUGAUCUGGCGACAAAGUUUAAAAGUCAACUGAUGUCUCUCCCUAUAAUUCGAUAUUUCAAGCCAGAUUGUAUUUCACGUCCAUGCUAUGUCCAGUUGAACGAAUUUAGGGAAUUUAUUAAAAUGUUUGUUUCAAUGGAAGGACAGUUGAAACGGAUACAAAACCGGGUGAUUAAUCGUUGGAAGAAGAAUGGAAUUCCGGAACCGUGUGACUAUCAUUGUGGCAAACCUCGCGAGCAUGAACGUUCCAUUGAUGAGUUUUUGCUGUGGUGCUUGGGAAGUAAUGAAGAAGUUGUGAAAUUUAAACAAACAUGUGUCCAGCCCUGGUAAUUGCAAAAUUGUGACCUCGUGGAAAAAAUAUUUAUUUUUGGUCGCGCCAACUAGCAGGUGUCGAAGCCUAAAAAGCUAUAAGGUAUAUCAUUCAGAUUUUGUAAAAAAUUUUAAGCCAAAAAAAGCACCUUUCACCUGAAAAACUUCACUUCUCGAAACAAGCUUUUGCCCAUGCUUAAGGCUCGUAAUCGACCUACUUUUACAGUUUUGUAUUGUUUUUCAACUGGUUGCGAUGCAAAAUAGUCGAAGUCUAUCUUUCUGUCAAAAAUAGCUAAAAAUCUCACCUUCUGUCAACAUUUCCAAAAUAGCCUCGUUUCUUGCCAAAUAUUGUCACUUUUUCGCGAAAAAAUUCAAGAAGUAUUCAUUUCCCUCUCUAAAAAUUACCUAAAAAUCUCGUUUUUUCGUCUAAAAAAAUAUCGAUGACCGAAAUAUGUCCCCCAUUUUCAACGCGAAGAUUGCGAAAAAGUGUAAUUUCCAAAAAUUUGCGCUUUUCUCCGAAAAUACUCGGUUUUGAUUUUCGCUUAAAAUUGUCAAAAUUCUCGGUUUUUGGAAAAAAAAAAUUCUAAAAAGUAUUAUUUUUUUCCAAAAGUUGUCCAAAAGUCUUCCCUAUUGCUGAAAAUUUUAGCUUUUUCGCAGUUGAAAAGUCUCGAUUUUUUACGUAAAAUUUCCAUAAGUUGCAAAGUGAAAAGCCUGACUGUUCGAAACAAAAUUGCUGAUUUUUACUAAAUUUAUCAAAUUUUUGCUUCAAAAUUACCUAAAAGCUCGGCUUAGGUAUCUACCUGUUUGCCAGAAAUUGUCAAAGUGUCUCUUUUCACCAAUAAUUUUCACAAAAUUCUUCUUUUUGCUAAAUUUGUAAAAAUCUUGCUUUUCGCUCGCUCUUCAACAAAAUAUUCAAAAAUAUUCGUUUUUUUUUUCAAAACAAUCAUUUAGAAUUUUUACACAAAAAAAAAAAAAAAAAACAAAAAAACUGUGCAGAUGUAUCGCUUUUUUGCAGAAACUGUCAGAAAACCAUUAAUUUUGUUAAAAUUGUCAUUUUCGUUUUAUUAUUUGAAGAAUUUUCCUUUUUCGUCAAAAAUUGCCAAAAUCCCUAUUUUGCUGCCAAAAAAUGAUCAACGUUAGCUAAAAAUCUCACCUUUUGUCAAAGUUUCCACAUAGGCUCAUUUCUUGCCAAAUGUUGUUCGCACUUUUUCGCAAGAAAUUUAGAAAGUAUGCAUUCUCCUUCCUAAAAAUGACCGAAAAAUCCCACUUUUUUGUCCAGAAAAAGGUCAAUGAGCGAAAAGUUUCUGCCAUUUUCAACGAAGAUUGCGAAAAGGUACUUACUAUUUUUUGGCCAGUGAUUGCCAAAAAUUCGUGCUGCCAAAAAAUUGUCAAAAAGUCUUGAGAUUUUUUUCUGUACUUACUAAAAUGUUUUGCUCGCAUUUUAUCACUUUUUUGGUUACUAUCAAAUACUUUUCAAUUACUUUUGGUCACUAAAAUUACUUUUUUGGGGGAGAAAUUGAGUACGAGCCCGGCCCUCGCUUCACUCGAGUCUGUUUUCUUUUCAUUUUCAAAUUGAAAUUUUUUAAAACUCAUCAUUUAAAUUCUAAUACCUCAACAUGGGGUAAAUGUAAAAAUCGGUUUUCGAAUUUCAAAAUUGCAAUUUUCUCAAAAAUUUGUGGACAAAUUUGUAGGUACCAAAAUUUUUCUAUUGACAGAAAACCUUCUGCAAUAUAAGUGGUAUAAAUUUUAGCUUCAUCCGUAGGUAUGCUGUUUGACAUCAAUGUGGAAAUUUUUUAUAACUCACUUCACUUUUUUAAUACUUACCUAUAUGUACAUUUUUCAAUUAAAAAUAAACUGAAAAGUUGACGAAUGAAACUUGUGUGAGUAUUUUAUUGUCAAUAUUUAAGCAAGCUAAACAUUUUUGAGCAGAUAAUAUUUUGAUGAACUAACUCGAAAAUUGUAUAUGUAAUGUAAGUACAAUAAUGCUAUUGUGUUUUUAAUAUGUACAUACGUAAGGUAAUAAUAAAGUUGAUUCAAUUAUUUU